UUUUUGUUUAUCGUAUCGAGGAUACCACAAUAUGGCCGCCACAAACGUGUUUAAAAUGUAAACAUGGACAGGAAACCAGGUCAACUGACAAAAAAUGUCCAAGAUGCCGUGAAUUCUUUGGUGUGGAUCAAGGUUGUUGGAAUCGGAAAUGGAUGCGUCGGAAAAACUUGUCUGAUCAAGCAUUUUUGUGAAAGCAAAUUUAGUGGUGGAUAUCAACCAACCGUUGGCGUGGAUUAUGGAUUCAAGAUUCAGCACGUGGAGGGAGUUGAUUUAAGAGUACAUCUCUGGGAUUUAUCUGGAAGUCCAGAAUACAUUGACGUAAGAAAUGAACUCUACAUUAAUACAGACGCCAUUUUUCUGGUGUUUGACGUCACCAACAUGUCCACGUUCGAAAGCAUGGAGAUAUGGUUAAAAGAAGUCCAGAAAUAUUCAUCUGGGAAUCCAGAUCUGAUUGUUGUUGCCAAUAAGGUUGACCUUAAAGCAAAGAGAGUAGUUAAAUCUGAAGACUCCAGGAAGUGGGCCCAGCAAAACAGCGCCAAAUAUUAUGAAACCUCCGCGGCUACCGGGGAGGGCGUGGACAAACUGUUUCACGACAUGUUGACUGGGCUGAUUGAACGAAAGAAACUGUGGAAGGUCAAGUCAGCCAAUCCCAGUAUUUGAUGAAAGGCGAAUUUCUAACGGUGGUCAAAGCAAGGUGCAGUGGGGAAGAAGUCACAAUUAAUGUAGUCCAUCUAAAGAAUCGUACCCUUGUCCUAUGUCCAGUCGCUGUGGUUUUGGUGCUGUGGUUUUGGACGAUGUAAAAAGAGUUAGGGAUCGGUCAAUAUUUAUCACCGGGAUGGGACCAGUGCAGACUUUUAGAUAUCCCAUGUCUUAAGACAUAAAAAUAGUUUAUGUCCCAUGGAAAUAAAAAAUAAUAUACUUUGAAAAAGAAUGUUUAUUUAUUUACAUUUUCAAUGAACAAACCACAAACAUGCAAAUAUAUCUUGCUGCUAUUUUGCAGAUAUACAAUGCAUAAUUUCAAACCUAAAUUUAAAAGUCUGUUUACCAUUUUCAGUAUUUCAUUGUUAUGGGAGAUCACAUAAUUAAGGUAAUUUGUUUAUAUAUAUCUGAAGUUGCAGUUAAAAAAAUCCAAACCUUAUAUUCUCUAUUUCACAUGAAUUUGUUUUACAAAAUGGAUAUCUAUACAGAUUUAUCUGAAAAUACUCUUUAUCCUCAUUUUGGGUCUCAGGCUAUGCAAAAAAAAAAAAAAAAAGAGUUUAUGUUGGACUCCCAUGGGUAUAUGAGUUUAAAAAUAAGUUUAUGUCCGAUUGAUAGGAUGUUAAUAACAGUUUUUGUCCCUGCCCAUUUACACCGGCCCAACCCGAGUCAUAAUUAUUGACCAGUCUCUGGUAUUACCUGUACCAAUGUCAGUGUUCAAUGCUACUAAUCAAAGUAUUUUUGCUUGCCAAGGACCUGUAGAUGUAUCAUCGAAAUGGAUAGCCAUGAUUUCUGUAAGGAUAUUAUGUUAUUUUACUACCAACACCUGCUCAAAACUUUAAAGGUUUAUCCAUAAAGAAUGUAUAUCUGAGAUGUACAUGUAUGUACAUAUAUUAAAAAAACGAGCGAAUAAAAUGACGAUAUACACGUGAUUAGUAAUUCUGUGUGUUUCUCUAACAUUUGGAAUAUUAAAGAUAACUUAAUGUACAAGUAUUUAUGAUAUACGCCAAAGUAACGUAUAUAUUUACAUGGACAUUGCAUAAACUUAUUUAUUUGUAUUCAAUACCUAUAGACAAGGCAAUAAAGAUCAGAUAUUUGUG